AUGGAUAGGUUCCAAGAAGCAGUGAACAAGUGUAGCCUUUUUUAUAUGGGGUAUGUUGGAAGUAAGUUCACAUGGAACAAUGGGAGACAAGGGCCAGCUUUCGUUAAAGAAAGGCUAGACAGAGCCUUUUGUAAUGGCAAGUGGUCAGACCAAAACAAUGAUGCAAGGGUUCACAUACUUCCAACUCUUAGUUCUGACCAUAGUCCUCUAUGGAUCACCUAUGACCAACUUCCAAGACCAGGCCCCUCGGCAACAAAGGCAUUCAGGUUUGAAGCUAGGUGGCUCCUAGAUGGUGAGUGCUACCAGCAAGUGGAAAACUCAUGGAAAGCUCCCAAAAUUGUUAGAGGAAAGAUGGAAUGCAUGAUAGCAGGACUUCAGCACUGUAAAGAAAAAUUGACCCAGUGGAGUGGAAAAAGGUUUGGAAACACAAGAAGAGGGGUAAAAGACAACAUGGAUGCACUAGCUCAGCUCCAAAACAGUAACUCAGGGCAACUAACUGAACAAAUAAGACACCUAUAG